CCUUCGGCCGCCGUCGGCUCUGAGUUGCUACGGACAACCAAGCUGCCAUCGCUAUGUCUUUGCAGCAGACCCCUCAGUCGCGGGUGUUCGUGGAACUGCUUCCCUGGGCUGACCGGGGCCGAGAGAACUAUCUGCUCUCGGGCGGAGAGACGCUGCCGGGCCUCCGCCGCCCUCUCUCCUCAGCGCCGGCCCAAACUCCCACCCGCGAGGUGCAUGUCAGCGGCACCGCGGAGGUGUCUGCGAGCCCUGACCGGGCGCAGGUGAUCGUGCGAGUGAGCAGCACCAAGGGGGCGGCGGCCGAGGCCAAGAAGAGCGUUUGCCGCCGCCUGGACUACAUCACGCAGAGCCUCCGGCUGCAGGGCGUGCAGUCAGAAAAUGUAACUGUGACAAAAGAUUUUAAAAGGCUAGAAAAUGCUUAUCACAUGGAAGCAGAGGUCUGCAUUACAUUUACUGAAUUCGGAAAAAUGCAAAAUAUCUGUAACUUUCUUGUUGAAAAGCUAGAUAGCUCGGUUGUCAUCAGCCAACCCCAGUUCUAUCACAUGCCAGGUUCUGUUGAGAACCUUCGACGACAAGCCUGCCUUGCUGCUGUAGAAAACGCAUGGCGCAAAGCUCAAGAAGUCUGUAACCUUGUUGGCCAAACUCUAGGAAAACCUUUAAUAAUCAAAGAAGAAGAAACGAAAGAAUGGGAAGGCCAAAUAGAUCAUCCCCAGUCAUCCAGACUUUCAAGUUCAUUAACUGUACAACAAAAAAUCAAAAGUGCAACAAUGCAUGCUGCUUCCAAAGUAUUUAUAACUUUUGAAGUAAAGGGGAGAGAGAAGAAAAAAAAACACAUCUAAAAUUCUGACCAAAAUAUAUUGUGUUUGUAUCUUUUUUUUGUCUAUUUUUAUACUUUUUAUAACAUUUGCUUUUGUCCUAAAAUAAAUAUUGUAUAAUAUAUAAUAAAGUGUUUCACCCCCAA